CUUAUCGCGGCCUUAACCUGAAGCUAGAUUUUCCCCCCAAUGGAAACCGCCCUGUUUUAUUUGAAGCAUUAUUAAUUAAUUUACUUUUCAGAUUACAUCUCGAAUACUGGCGUUACAUAGAUUACGUCGCUGUUUCCAGGAGUCGUUUUAACGGGUUAAAGUGGCAAUGGAGGAGGUUCAGCAGAAUAACAGUAAUGGCUCUGAGUCGCAAACUGUUACCAUGCCUACAACUAUUACUGCCUCUCAAAUAUCACAGAUAGCACAGAUGUCUCUGGGUGGGUCUCCGGUGACUGUGGUUCAGCUACCCAGUGGUCAGUUCCAAGUGCAAGGUGUGAUUCAGUCAGCCCAGUCAUCAGUUAUCCAGUCUCCGCCAGCACAAACACAGGGUCAAGGAUCCGACAGCGAUGAUUCUCAGGACUCAUCUGACAGUGGAGCCUCUAACCAGAAGUCAAGAGAGAUCUUGGCUCGGCGCCCAUCCUACAGGAAGAUUUUAAAUGAUCUUUCAGCUGAGGAAGUGGCAACUCAGAACGAGGGUGAAGAGGAAAGUUCCACCUCCUGUGCCUUAACAAGUGUCUCGGUCCCUACCCCAAUCUACCAGACAAGCACUGGCCAAUAUAUUACGAUUUCAUCCAAUGGAUCUCUGCAGCUUGCUGGUUCAGAGGGGAUGCAAGGCCUGCAGACUCUCACCAUGUCCAACUCAAACCCAAAUCAGCCAACUAUACUACAGUAUGCUCAGACUGCAGAUGGACAACAGAUUUUGCUACCCAGCAACCAGGUCGUGCUCCAAGGUGCUGGGGGAGAAAUGCAAGCUUAUCAGAUCCGGUCCUCUUCCUCGUCGCUGCCUCAGACUGUUGUCAUGACAUCACCUGUCAUUAGCUCUCAUGGCAAAAGCGAUGACCCACAAAUGAAGAGAGAGAUACGCUUAGCAAAGAACAGGGAGGCAGCCCGAGAGUGUCGUCGGAAGAAAAAGGAGUAUGUGAAAUGUUUGGAGAACCGUGUGGCUGUGCUGGAGAAUCAGAACAAAACUCUUAUCGAGGAGCUCAAGACAUUAAAGGACCUGUACUGUGUUAAAACUGGCUAAUGGGACAAACCUCCAAUCAUGCUAAUGGAACUUUACUGGCAGGCUUGUCUGCCUCCAUGCUCAUACAAACACAGGGACUUUUUGGCAUGGGGAAUGCAUUUAAUCCUCCUCCUGUCUGGCUUGUUUUUAUACAACAUAUUUUUAACUAACGAUUGACCAGAAACAACAAAAAUGCUUUUCAGAAUAGAUGGACAGAGAGAACUUUUCCAUUACAUCUUUUUAUUGCAGUCAACUGAUGUUUAAAUAUAUAUAUAUAUGUAUGUAUGUAUGGAUCUUGUGCAAGCAUUGGCACGUCUACACUGGGAGUUCUUGCUUUAGUCUUGACCCAUUUGGUUUCCAUGGGAAUUUUGAAUGUUAAUUUUAUUUAAGCGCUAGCUGAAAGAUGUGUUUUUGUUCAGAGUAGAAAUAUUGACAGACAAUUUUUACACAUUAUCUCAAGAUGCGCUUGAACUGUUUGUAUGAAAAUUGUAACGCAAAUGUGUUAUUCAUGAAGUCAUGCAGCUGUGUUUUUUGCUAUUGUCCCCUUUUAGAAAGCUCUGGUAUUCCUAUUCCCAUUCCACAUUUUAUUUUACUGAGUUUUAGUGCAACAUUUUCUACAGAGACUGAACAGAAUUCAAGGUGAGGACUUUAUGUGAGCUUUUACUAAAUCUGUGGGUGAUAUAAGACAAUGGUAAGUACAUUUUAGACUCAAUAAGCCUUAUUCUGAAUUGAUAGACUAAUCACUUAGAAAUUCAAUUGUGUCCUUUUUAGUCCACGACUUAUUUCUAAAUGGUCUUUUAAGCCAUAUUCACAUU